UCAAGAAUAGAAAUAAAAAUGGAUUCCCCAAAAUGAUCCUGAAACGUCAUUUCGCAUUACUUUUGCGUGACCCAUUAAAAAAACAAAAGACUCAAGUCUAUAGGAAACUAUCAGUACGCCAACAUCCGGAAAGAAAUGACAAAGCAGUUGGUGAAAUCAGAUUAAAGAGCCAAUGGAAAUUGUUGACAGGAAAUCUAACUAGUAUAAAUAGAGCUUCAAUAACGUAUUUCACAUCACAGAGUUAUCAGUGCAAUUAGGAAUAAACUGAAGUCAGUUAUAGAAGCACAGAAAGCCAAAUAAAAAAUGAUGCUGUUAACUUCGAUAACAUCUUCAGUGGUGGUGUCACUACUGCUUGUGCAUGUAACCGCAAACUUCGGAACGUUUACAAGUCCAGGAAAUACACUUUCAAAUUGUAGACCUGCAAUUUCAAAUCGAUACUGUGAUUUCUACAGCCGAUCAAAUUCAGCAUUUCGUACAGUUGAUGGAACUUGCAAUAACCUUUUCAAGACAACGCAAGGUGCUGCUAACACACCAUUAGCUCGACUUCUGCCCGCUGAUUACGUUGACUCGGCUAAUCUUGACACACCACGGGGAUUUCCAGGAACAUUUCCUUCUGUUCCUACGCCUCACGAAGUCUCCGAAGCAGUAUUUUCUGUACAAAUCCGUAACAGGCAAAGUGCAAGAGGACUCUCUGCAAUGUUUAUGGCGUUUGGACAGUUUCUUGAUCAUGAUAUUGGAUAUACAACACAUCCAACUUGUGAUGUAUCAGCAGGGUAG